GCCAACAGCCGGAGCGACGGCACCACCUCGGCGGCGCCGGGCCCUGCUCCCUCCUCGCGCCUCUCCUCUCUCGCCGCCUUUUCCUGUCUGCAUCCUCUCCGGUCCUCCGCCCCUAUUCCCCCCCCCCUCGCCAUUUUCACUCGGGAGCAACUCGACCGGGACUUCCCUGAAACUUCGCGAAGAAACUCGCCCGGCGCCUUCGGGGCGGCCGCGAACUUUUCACCGCGGCGUCCGCGUCUCUGUCUCCUUCCCCGGCCCCGCGGCGCCCCGGCAGGCUGGUCCCGAUGAGCGCUCCUCCGCUGCUCCGCCCGCCUAGCCCGCUGCCGCCGCCCGGGGCUGCUGCUGCUGCCGCUGCUGGCGGCGGCGUCGCCUUCCACCUCCAGAUCGGGCUGAGCCGGGAGCCCGUGCUGUUGCUGCAGGACUCCUCAGGGGACUUCAGCCUGGCCCACGUCCGGGAGAUGGCUUGUUCCAUCGUCGACCAGAAGUUUCCUGAAUGUGGUUUCUACGGAAUGUAUGACAAAAUUCUUCUCUUCCGCCAUGACCCUACCUCUGAAAACAUUCUCCAGUUGGUGAGAUCAGCUGGAGAUAUCCAAGAAGGAGACUUAGUUGAAGUUGUCUUAUCAGCUUCUGCUACAUUUGAAGACUUUCAAAUCCGACCCCAUGCUCUUUUUGUUCAUUCUUACCGAGCACCAGCCUUUUGUGACCAUUGUGGAGAAAUGUUGUGGGGACUGGUGCGUCAGGGACUCAAAUGUGAAGGAUGUGGUCUAAAUUACCAUAAGAGAUGUGCAUUUAAAAUUCCUAACAACUGCAGUGGUGUACGUAAAAGGCGCCUGUCAAACGUUUCCUUAACAGGACUCAGCACUAUUCGGACAGUUUCUUCAGAGACAUCACCCAGUGUGUCGGAUGAAGCCCUUCUGCAAAAAACACCAUCAGAAUCAUUCACUGGGAGAGAGAAGAGAUCAAAUUCACAAUCCUACAUUGGGCGACCUAUUCAGCUUGACAAGAUCCUACUUUCUAAGGUUAAAGUGCCUCACACAUUUGUCAUCCACUCUUACACACGGCCAACCGUUUGUCAGUACUGUAAGAAGCUUCUCAAAGGGCUUUUUAGACAGGGUUUGCAGUGUAAAGACUGUAGGUUCAAUUGUCACAAACGCUGUGCUCCUAAAGUACCAAAUAACUGCCUGGGGGAAGUUGCCAUUAAUGGAGAUCUCCUUAGUCCUGGGGCUGAGUCUGAUGUGGUCAUGGAAGAAGGGAGUGACGACAAUGACAGUGAAAGAAACAGCAGUUUUAUAGAUGACAUGGAAGAAUCUAUAGCUCAUGACUCUGAGAUAUCAAUGACGGGAUGCCACAGUGACAGUGGGGAAAUGCAGGAUCCUGAUCCAGAUCAUGAUGAGUCUAACAGGAUGAUCAGCCCUUCAACCAGCAACAAUAUUCCAUUAAUGAGAGUGGUACAGUCUGUGAAGCACACAAAAAGGAGAAGUAGCACGGUAAUGAAAGAAGGUUGGAUGGUUCACUAUACCAGCAAGGACACACUGAGAAAGCGACACUACUGGAGACUAGACAGCAAAUGUAUUACUCUUUUUCAAAAUGAUACUGGAAGUAAAUAUUAUAAGGAAAUUCCACUGUCUGAAAUUUUCUCUCUGGAACCUGCAAAAACUUUCACUUUACUGCCUCAAGGAGCCAAUCCUCAUUGUUUUGAAAUAAGCACAGCAAAUAUAGUUUAUUAUGUUGGAGAAAACAUAGAAAACCUCUCAAGUGUUCCACUGAAUAACGGUGUUCUCACUAGUGGUAUUGGCAUAGAUGUGGCAAGAAUGUGGGAGAUGGCAAUACAGCAUGCCCUGAUGCCUGUCAUCCCUAAAGGGACAUCAAUGGGGUCGGGACCCAGCCUACACAGGGAUAUAUCCAUCAGUAUUUCUGUGUCAAACUGCCAAGUUCAAGAAAAUGUGGAUAUCAGCACUGUAUACCAGAUCUUCCCAGAUGAGGUGUUGGGAUCAGGACAGUUUGGAAUUGUUUAUGGAGGAAAACAUCGCAAAACAGGAAGAGAUGUUGCCAUUAAAAUAAUAGACAAACUAAGGUUUCCAACUAAACAGGAAAGUCAACUUCGUAAUGAGGUUGCAAUUUUACAGAAUCUUCAUCAUCCUGGGGUUGUAAAUUUGGAGUGCAUGUUUGAGACACCAGAAAGGGUGUUUGUUGUUAUGGAAAAACUCCACGGAGACAUGCUAGAGAUGAUCUUAUCAAGUGAAAAGGGCAGAUUGCCAGAGAGAAUAACGAAGUUUUUAAUUACUCAGAUCCUUGUUGCUUUAAGACAUCUUCAUUUCAAAAAUAUAGUUCAUUGUGACCUCAAACCAGAAAAUGUAUUAUUGGCAUCGGCAGAUCCUUUCCCACAGGUAAAACUCUGUGAUUUUGGCUUUGCUCGAAUCAUUGGGGAGAAAUCCUUCAGGCGUUCAGUUGUAGGAACACCAGCCUACCUUGCUCCAGAAGUGCUGAGGAAUAAAGGCUACAACAGAUCUCUGGAUAUGUGGUCUGUGGGUGUUAUAAUUUAUGUAAGCCUCAGCGGUACCUUUCCAUUCAAUGAAGAUGAAGACAUACAUGACCAAAUCCAGAAUGCUGCUUUCAUGUAUCCACCCAACCCUUGGAAAGAAAUCUCUCAUGAAGGUAAUAUCCAAUAUUGUGGUUGUAUGUAUAUGAAUGCCAAAAAAGUGUGUUCUGCUUUCAUGUAUUUUUUCCCCUGUACAAAUCAGUAAAAAGGAAAGAAAAAAAAAAAAAGGGAAAUUUCAAGGUGCUAUGAUAUUUCAUAAUGAAAUGUCUCUGUUUUGUCAUAUUAGAUGCUUUAGACAUUUCCUGCAUGUGACAGUUUUAUCUCAGCAGUAGAAGAAGUUUUAUAAUAUCUGUCGAAAAUAUUAAGGAAAAAAAAAAACCAUAAAUCUGCACAAUUGCACACUGAUGUCCUCAUGAACCUCCACACACCCCUGAUAUGUAAGCUGACAGAAUCUGUUGGCAGCAAUGCUUUUUCUGGCGCUAGAGAUAAGCAAAUAGCAGUCAACACAGAAGAAGCUGCAAGAAAUUGUCUCCACAAGUUCUGCUGUGGUAGACACGAGAUCAAUUUCUACAUUCAAAGGUGAAGAUUGAGUAGAGCACCUACAGAAAACUCACCUACCAGACUGUUAUCUAUCCUUCUACACAGUCACAGCCUUCGUUAAGAGUAAACGGAUAUCAGGCUGCAAGCAUGUAGGAGAAAGAGCACACUUUAAUAAAUCAUAAUGUUAAAAUCUGCUUAUACAUUGUCAUUUCAUUAUAUACUUGAAAUUGCUAAUUGAUGGGCUGUUCUGUUGUGGUAAACACAAGUCUAAAUCUGAACAGAUCCGUGAUUCUUAAAACAGAGAACUGGAAUCUAGAUCUCUAUCCAAGUAUUACUCCUGGAGCUAAAAUUUGAGGUUAAACAUUAUCUCCAAUCUAAUAACCAUAAAUAAAAAUUUAUCAACAUAUCUCUAUCAAACUUUAUUUAUCUAGGAGAAAUUUAACACACGAAAAACGUGUUGGGGAAUGGAAAUCUCUUGUUCUUUCAGAAAGGUAUCCUUAAAGAACUGCCAGCUCUGUUCUGUUUCUAUGUCCAAAAGGGCAGUUUCCCAAGGGAUCUCAUCCAAUAAUGCCUUAGGCAGACAGAAUUUUGCUCUCCUGAAGUUCAGGGUCCUGAAUCUGCUCUUUUACAAGCCCAUAUUAUAUAUUAUAUAUAUAUCAUAUAUUGAGAUCAAAAACGCAAUCCGAGCAUGGUUGCUACAGCCCAAAUUGCCUGAAAUUUUAACCUCUUUAAUGAGAUCCUCUGCAUUGGUGAACACUAGGUCCAGUAGCACUUCACUGCUGGUUGGUCUGUCCAAUACAUAUCUGGUCCAGGAAGUUAUCCUCAGCAGAUUCCAGGAGUGUCCUCAAUUGCUUGCAGCCCACCCUGUUACUUUCCCAGCAGACAUCCAGGUGGUGGAAAUCCUCCAUCUGGAUGAGAGCCUGUGAACAUCAUGCUCCCUAUAGCUGAAGCAGGAAGGCCUCGUCAACAGAGUCCCCUUGGUCAGUUGGCCUGUAGUAGAUCCUGGUCACCAGAAGUAGACCCCACCACCGGGGUAAAAGUAAUGUAAAUAUUUGUUCUCCUUUACUUGGUGCUUUCUUCUCAUACAUCGAAAAGGAUUCAGGCACUCUUAACAAUUGACUGUAAAUCUUACAUUACCAGUAGAUUCUAAUGAUGGUAACUUCAUCCAGAGACAACAGUACAUGCCUUAGUAAUAGCAGGCAUAAACAUAAAAUUCAGCAAACUUGCAAGAGUUAGGCUACCAUCUAAGAGAAUUAAAAUUUGCUUCAAUUUUUGCAUGCUAACAUACUUCAGAAUUUUAACAGGCUAGGAUUAUGGAUGAACAGAAUUUCUGUCCUCUUCCCCUAUUGAAAAUUAGCCUAUAAAAUUUAAGAGUUUUCAAUUUUUAUAUCCCUGACAAAUAUUUUUUCUCAGUUGAUUAUCCAUUCAAAACUGUACCAUGAGCAUCAUUUCCCAAGUGGAGCACUCAUCCAUGAAAUGUCUUCACUAAUUUCCAUCCCCAAAAUGCAAUAGCAUUUUCCUACAUUUUCCAAUGGCAUCUCAUCUUUGGAUGACUACUUGCUGAAAACUGAGUAUGUAUUUGUAUGUCAAAAUAGAAUUGGAAGAAA